AGUUGUCACCGCCUCCCUCCCCAUCUUUUCAGUGCGGCGUCGCUGGUUUCUGAGUAACAAGCCCCGAAUAAAGAUGGCGGCUGCUGGUUCCAGUGUUAUAAAUGACUGCUGUUAAUUACCUUCCUAUUUUAAUUUAAUACAGGCAUAAGUUGUCUUGAAUGUUCAGCCGCGGUCUGACCGCUAGUCUUUGUGUCCAUCUGCCCCCCUCGUCUCCCUUCACUCUCCCGGCUGCUGCAUGUCUGCAGCUGAAAGGGGGCGUUUUACUGAUCAUUUUCUGACUUGUCUGUGCAGCACCGUCAGGUACCUGACCUACUUCAGGUCCAGGAAGAAAUCCCUGCACUACUGCAAGAUCAAAGAGCCCAAACUGGAGGAGAUGGAUGAGCAAAGCGUGGAGAGCAUAGCAGAGGUCUUCAGAUGUUUCAUAUGCAUGGAGAAGUUGAGAGAUGCUCGUCUCUGCCCACACUGUUCCAAACUUUGUUGUUUCAGCUGCAUCCGGAGAUGGUUAACUGAGCAAAGGGCUCAGUGUCCUCAUUGCAGAGCUCCCCUACAACUCAGGGAGUUGGUUAACUGUAGAUGGGCAGAGGAGGUCACUCAACAGCUUGACACCCUGCAACUAUGCAGCUUGAAUAAGCAUGAGGAAAAUGAGAAGGAUAAAUGUGAAAACCAUCAUGAAAAACUAAGUGUGUUUUGUUGGACUUGCAAAAUUUGUAUUUGUCAUCAGUGUGCCCUGUGGGGAGGAAUGCAUGGGGGACACACAUUCAAACCUUUGGCUGAAAUCUAUGAGCAGCAUGUCACAAAAGUGAAUGAAGAAGUGGCAAAACUGCGUCGGCGACUUAUGGAAUUAAUUAGCCUUGUGCAAGAAGUGGAACGGAAUGUAGAAGCUGUUCGGGGAGCAAAGGAUGAGCGGGUUCGGGAAAUUCGCAAUGCAGUAGAGAUGAUGAUUGCAAGACUCGACACUCAGCUCAAAAACAAGCUUAUCACACUAAUGGGUCAGAAGACCUCUUUGACUCAAGAAACUGAGCUUCUGGAGUCACUGUUACAAGAAGUGGAACACCAGCUUCGAUCUUGCAGUAAAAGUGAACUCAUUUCCAAGAGUCCAGAAAUUCUUAUGAUGUUCCAGCAGGUCCACAGGAAGCCCAUGGCUUCGUUUGUCACUACCCCAGUACCACCGGAUUUUACAAGGGAAGACUUUGUGGGCAUUCAGCUGCAGGCAUUUGACAACAUUGAAGCAAGUGAACUUGUUCCUGCCUAUGAUUCAGCUACCUUUGUUCUGGAAAACUUUAGCACUUUACGCCAACGAGCUGACCCGGUGUAUAGCCCUCCUCUGCAAGUUUCUGGUCUGUGCUGGAGGUUAAAGGUCUAUCCGGAUGGUAAUGGAGUGGUGCGGGGCUACUACCUGUCUGUUUUCUUAGAGCUUUCUGCUGGUCUUCCAGAAACCUCAAAGUAUGAAUAUCGUGUCGAGAUGGUCCACCAGUCUUCCAAUGACCCUGCCAAGAACAUCAUUCGAGAAUUUGCCUCUGAUUUUGAGGUUGGCGAGUGCUGGGGCUACAACCGUUUUUUUCGACUAGACUUGCUUGCUAAUGAGGGGUAUUUGAACAGAACAAAUGACACCGUCAUUUUAAGAUUUCAGGUUCGCUCGCCAACGUUUUUUCAGAAGUGUCGGGACCAGCAUUGGUACAUUUCCCAGUUAGAAGCAGCUCAAACUAGCUACAUCCAGCAAAUAAACAACCUAAAGGAAAGACUUACGAUUGAGUUGUCCCGGAACCAGAAAUCACGGGGUAUGUCUCCUCCAGACACUCAUCUUAGUCCUCAGAAUGAUGAAAGUCCAGAAGCUAGAUCCAAAAAGACAGAUGUUAAUUUAGAGAGUAUCUCUUCCCUACCUGCUCCAAGAGAGGCUGAGGAAGAUGAAGACAAAAGCCUCAGUGUGUUUAAUCAACAGGAUCUGUCUGAUGGGGACCUGGAUGUGGAUUUGGCUGGGGAGGAUGAAGCGAACCAUUUAGAGGGCAGCUGUUCUUCUGCCAGUUCCACUGCCACCAGCAUCACAGAGGAAAAUGAUAUAGAUGAAGAAACCAUGUCAGGGGAGAAUGAUGUUGAGUAUAGCGGCAAUAUGGAUUUAGAAGAAGGAGAAUUAAUGGAAGAUCCAUCUACUGCUGGGGCUGCUGGUGGCCAUGGUUAUGGCAGUGGGAGAAACUCAAGGCGCACAGGAAGCAAUAUUGGAUCCACUAGCAGCAGCAGUUUGUUAGACUUGGAUCCUCUGAUUUUCAUUCACUUGCUGGACUUAAAAGACAGAAAUAGUAUGGAAAAUCUUUGGAGCCUACAGCCAAGGCCACCAACAUCUAUUUUGCAGGCUUCAGCUUCAUGUUCCCGUAAAGAGAGGGACCAAAGACGGCAGCAGACAUCGUGGCGUGUUUCCCCAGAUUUGAAAAUGCUAAAACGUUACAAGUCUCAGGUGCUGGAAGUACGCAGCAAGCUGUCGGCUGUUAAGAACCAGCUGUGUGAAGUCAGAAACAACAAUACUGCAGUCACUGAGAAUCACUGUGGGAGCACUGGGGACCUGGACUCACUAACAAGCAGUAGUGCAGAGGGAUGCACGAAGUUACAAGAGUUAGGUAUGGAGCUCCUCAGAAAGUCUUCUCUUGCAAGCUGUUAUGUGAGAAGUGCUAGCAGUAAGAAGAGCAACUCCCCCAAGCACUCCCGGUCAGGGGAGAAAGCUGGUGCCCUAUCUUUGCGGAGAGCAAUGGAAUGUGGGGAAGGCAGCCAUCGUGUCAAGGCAGAGAGUCAGGCAACUUCGGAAGGUUGCAGUACUGGUACGAAGAAUGUCAGCAGACAUGGAUCACCCAGGUCUCUGACAAACAGCAGCCCAGAAAUCCCUUCUAGCUCUAAAACAGACGAGAGGCAGUCUGAACUGCUUAGCUCAGAAAUACAAGCAAUGUGCAUGGACAAGGGCAGAAAAGUCAUCAGUCUGGGGCCCAGUUCUAAAGGUUGGAGUGGAAAAGACAUCGUACAAAUGGGCAGCCUUGACAGUGACCACGAAGCAGGAGAAAUUACCUCUAUGUUGUCUGAAGUCGCUUCAGUAACGUAUCCAGAAGAAGCUGCUGUGUGCUCCAAACUCGUUCUGCACAUAUUGCCAGGGAUGAGCAGUGACAGCGACAUUGAAUGUGACACUGAAAAUGAAGAACAGGAGGAAAACAUUACGUGUGGUGGAUUUAAUGAUAGCUUCACAUCGCAGGCUCAAGGGGAAGAUCAAGGACGUUCUUUUCCCGACGAAGACAACAAUAUAAGCUCAGAAGACCUUCACUUUCCUGCUGGAGAGGACACAGGAAGGUAAUUUCAUGGAGAAUAUGAACAUUUCACUUCGCUCAUGCUGAAGACUGGAAGGCCUAAACACUAGACUACUUAGCAAAGUGUUCCAUUUUGGAUGCAUAUUCACUGUAUUCUAUUUAUUCUGUGCAUGGCUGCAGCAGGCCGUUAGACAGUGUUGCAAAAUACAACAUUUUUAUUUUCUUUUUUAAUUCUUUUUAUUGUGGCUUCGGAGCACGGAACUGAAAAUAAUACGAGUUCUUAAAAAAAGAUGGAUCUUAAUAAGUAACAAACAUAAGAGCCUUUGAAUAAUACUAAUCACGGCUAGAUAGGGUCUAGAUAACUGGACAUUACCAGCAAUAAUUAUUCACAAAGUUGGGCCUAUUCAGACAUAGGUCUGUUUUUAAAGCUUCAGUGUUACUUUCCUGGCUCUUAAGCAUCUUAUUGCCUAAGCAUCUCGAUGUUUCUCCAGCCAGGCAGGGAGAUUUGCUUCACGUAUUGUCCAUGCAUUGUCCACUAGUGCCCUAGUGUUCCACUGAAGAGCUGUAAGAACCACCUCCAUCUGUGUUCCUGUUUGGAAUGUGGUGAUGAUGAUCUCCCCCUAGUUUGUUAUCCUGCCAGACACUGCUUCAGUUUAUCACCAGUGCACAGGCAAGUAACCUCAUUGCAAUGAAAGUUCUUUAUGCUGAAGGCUGCAGUCAUUCCAAGGGCCGUGGGUGGUUAGUCUUGUAAUCAUUAACCCAGCUCAUUCAUUACUAAGCAGUCUGGUUCCAGAGUCUGCCCAUCACAGGCUGUUCAUUUUUGAGUGUCCCCUUGCAAACUCAAGUUUCACAUUUUCCACUGCAAAGCUCAUUGCUACAGUAGAACUACAAGGUAAUUUGCUUUUUUUUUUUUUUUUUUUUUUUUUUAAAUGAACCAUUUUUCCCUCUAAAUAGUUGUAUUGAGCUGUUAUUGGUCCAUUAUCUGCUGAGACUGUAUUGGUCUUGUCUGUCGUGGCUGUGCCGUGUGUGGCUAGCUCACACCCUGUAGGAGCAAUAACUCCUGCUCUAGUUCAUGUGUAGGCAAUCACUACUUUUAUGUGGAAUUACAAAGUAUCCCUUUGUUUCAAUGAGUGCAUAACGCUAAUGCUUUUCAGCCAAACCGCAGAAAUUGCUUCUUAAAGCUGCUACACUAAAUGCUACACUUGUUGAAUAGCUUUAGGUAGUUUUCAUUCUUAAAUGUGCACUAAACUGGUUAAAAUGCUGCAGAGCCAUAUGAAGAGGGAAAGGGAUUGUAUCGGGGGAAGUUGCACAAGGUUGUUGAGCAAUACAAUAAAUACAGGAGUGGCAUUUGUUCUAGUUCUAGAGCUGCAUGGAUCACUACUACCUUCUGAGUAGUAUGACCAAUUAACUAUCGAACUUGCCAACUCAUCAUCUUGGCUGUUGUAAGCCUGUAAGCUGCUGACUGCAUUAUUUCUGUUGGGUACAAUUACUACAGCAAUCUGAAUGUUAGAUAUUUAAAACCAUUGUUUUUGUUUGUCUGUCUCUUGUUCAUAUUUUUAUAUGUAUAAUUUGGGGUUUGUUUUGUACUUUAAUUUGUAUUUUUGUUGCACUUUUUUGUUAAUAAAAAUUAACUGUAACUCCAAA